AUGUCCGAGCCGUACCAGUAUGCGGUGACUCGUCGGCUACAGGUGGAGCUGGCCACGGGAGAGAUGUCGGCAACAACACAGAGGCUGCUGGUCGAUGACGAUGGCGACAAGGAGGCCGAGCUGUCGGGAGAAGCCUACACCGGCCCGCUGGCCGUUACCUCGGGCGUGGUCACCGCCGGCGGCACGCUGCUGCUCACAGACCCAUACGGCUUCCACGCCAAGCGCGAGCAGGACGAGGGCAGGGCAACAGCCUCUGCCGCCGAUCUGGCCGCCACCGACGAGUACUACCCCUCAGAUGUGUACGACGUCCGCAACACCAACCUGUACUACGGCAAGACCGCGUCUGGCACAGGCGCUGUGGCUACAGGCGCGACCGGGGCGGGUGCGGCCGGCUGCACAGCCGCAGCGGGCACUGACCGCAGCGACGCGUCGGGCUUUAGCUUUACCAAGCUGCCGCUGCCUAGGCCUGGCGAGGCAAGUGAUGGCGUGCCGAGUGUGGUGGUCAACGGAGUGCGGGCCGAGGCACGGGCGGAGAAGCGCAAGUCAGCGCUGAGCGGGAUCAUGGCGGUAGAAGAGGCACGGCGCCGGCGGACGGCACAUCUUGCAGGCAAAGCAUCCGCGCUGCGAGUUUUUGUCUCGUUUGCACCGACCAAGGCCGCACCAGUUCCGCUCUCUAUUCCACAGUCGUCGACGAUCGAGGCCAUCGUGACGGCCACCAUCGAGGCGUUCAACGCCGAUCCGAGCAGAGACACCAAGCUCGAGCCCGACGCGCGAUUCUACCAACUGCGGCUGACCGACGACGACGCGGGAACCCCCGACACCGAUCUCCCGCCGCUGGAGAGGACUCAAAUGCUGCGCAACAUCGGGUGUACCGAUUUUGCUCUGGUGGUGAAUCCGAAGGCACCGGCGGCGCGGUUGGCGAGUGGCGGCGGAACCAGCAAGCGGCGGUCGGUUGUCUUUGCAGCGGCGGAUCAGGUCAAGGAUGGUGAAAUCUGCCUCCGCAUCGAGUUACCGGACAAGACAACUUCUGCGGUCAUUGUGCCGGAGGAGUUGACGGUCGGCCAGUUUAUCACCACGGUCUGCCGCAAACGGUCGCUCGGCUCCGACUUCGUCGAUGCGUACAUUCCAGGCAUUUCUGUGGCGCUCAACAAGGGCCUCGUACUCCGCGACCUCGGGGCAACAGAGAUCUCGCUGGAGGCGUCAACGCCGACGUCGCUGGCGGCGGCGCGGCGCAACUCGGUGGCAGCUGCGGCGUCGACGGACACCGGCGACUUUAACCACAUGUUCAACCAGUUUACCGCCAUCAUCUACAAGGAGUAUGAGGUGACCAAAAUCAACAAGGCUGGCAAGCGGCAGCCGCGGGUCCUCGGCAUCGACGACAAGCGUAUCACUAACAAGAUCCCCGAGUCGGAGAAAAAGUCGGGCCUCAUGUCACGGUUCGCCAAGAAGAACCCCAAGCGCCCCUUCCGCAACGUCGACGAGAUCAUCAACAUUGAGCACUCGGAACACCUCGCCGACGGCAAGGCCUUUUCUAUCUACUUUCGCGGUGAUGAGCACACCGACUACGAAGCCAUCAGCAGGUCGCAGGCGUCGGAAAUUGUGGCCAAGAUCACGUACCUCAUGGGUAUGGCCGAGUCGUCUGAGCGGUAGCAUGCUGUUUAACCCUUUACUGUACGGAAUGGACAAACUUGUCCAUCGCGCAAGCCGCGCUCCGCGACGCUCCACAGACGUCCAUCAAUCGCGGUAAAGAGUAAUACAAUGGGCUAAUGGCUGCCACAACAAAAAACAGUCGGCGAUGCAGAGAUGGACGCCGCACGCGCAGGCCAAGCAGGCGUCGGUCGGUGGCCUGGAAGUCAAGCAUCAUCGAGUUGUUCACUUUAAGACGCGCGACAACGCGUCCGAACGACCGAACCGUAAAGGGUUAACACUGUG